AUGACCAGCAACAAAAGGCCACGUAUCGAGGAUGACCAGCUUCAGCAAGCAGCGACUGCUAACGCUGCGAAGCCCAGGUUGACUCGAGCUUGUGCCGAGUGCAAGCGGCACAAGAUCAAGUGCGAGGUUCAGCCAGGGCAGACAUCAUGUAACAAAUGUCUCAAAGGAGGCAUCGAAUGCGUUCCAUACAAUUUCACACAGAAAUUCGUCGAUGAAGAUGCGAGUUGGAAAUGCCAGGCCACAACAGAGCUUGCGCAGCUCAGAAGCGCAAUCCAGCAAUUGCUACGACACAACAACCUAUCAGAGCUGCCAGAGCUCGACGACAGGCUGACGCCGGUACGCACCUCGAACACCAUCAACGAGGUCUCCCCAGGCAACUUCCUGUCGGAAGGCCCAUUGGUGGGGAUCGACAAGGACUCUGAAUUGAUACCUGUACCAAUGAACAACCUCUACAGCUUGACAGAGCCCGGUCACUCUCACCUCAUUCGCGUGGAUCCAGCGGACAUCAAUGGCCCAGACUUUAUCACAAAAGGCAUUGUCACCAUCGCCGAGGCAGAAUACCUCUUCGCCUACUACCGCGACCGUAUCAAUCCCCUCCUAUGGGACGGAAUACUAUGUCCUCAUUCCACCUUACAAGAAGCACGACGAGCAUCGACUUUGCUGGUAGCAACUACGCUUACAGUUGCGGCUCUGCAUACCUCAGGAAGAGAGAAGAUCCUGCACAGCGUCUACGACGCCUUCGUCGCGCUUAUGCGAGGGUCAUGUCUGCUACGCAGUCAGAGUCUUGACGACAUUCGAGGCCUGUGCAUAGGAGCAUUCUACCUGACCAGCCUCAGCUGGGCACUAUGCAGUCGAGCAGUCCGUGUCGCGACCGAGAUGGACCUCCACAAAUCCUCCAUGCAGCUUUCUAGGGGAUCUCCCGAAGUCUACGAGCGUGUCCGUCUCUGGUACGUGCUGUACGUGUGCGACCACCAAUUCGCAUUAGCCUACGGCCGGCCUCCCAUGAUGCACGACGACGCUGCAAUCAGAAACGUCGAUAAGUUCUUGUCCAACAACCAGUCUACGAACGGUGAUCGCAGGCUGAUUGCCCAAGUCAACAUCUUCCGCAUCCUGGCUGACGUAUGGUUCAUGUACGGCUGCGACGCCGACCUCGAGCUGGACGAAAAAGACUUCCAGCGCCUGCGCUCAUUCAACGUGUCCAUCGACCAAUGGCGCUCCGCACAUCCAUCGAAACCCUUGGACUUGCCCUACCGCCAUGGCUACUUGUCAAAGGAGACAAUUCUCUACUACCAUUUUGCCAGAUUCCACCUGAAUUCACUAUCCCUGCGAGGCAUCUCAGCACACAACGCGCCCGAAAAAGUCUCGUACGCCGAUCUGAGCUUCGACCGACGCGAAGCCGCGAACCUAGCCAUCGAGGCAGCGCGAAGCACUCUGAAGCUAAUCAUCGAAGACCAAGAGCUUUGCGUGGCAUUGAUAGGAAUGCCCAUUUUCGCGCAUGCAAUGAUCGCUGUCUGCGCAUCGUUCCUGCUGAAGCUCGCGGUCGUGUUUGGGACCCCAAUCACACAACGCCACUCGCAUCUUGUUGGGCAUCAGGUUGUCGUGCCACGAGAUCUGACUGAUCUGGGACUCACUUUCCACGCGGAAGACACAUUGUCUCUGGUUCAGAACCUGAUGCGAACACUGAGCUCCGUGGCGGACAAGGCGAGCCAUCGGCACGUCUUGAGACAUGUCGUGACGGGCCUGCGGGAAGCCGUACAGAAGUUCAAUCGAGCUGAGGGAGACUACGACUAUGUCUACUCAGGCGCAAGCGGAAGCAAGGGUGCACCGAUCCAUAACACCGAUGGCUCAAAUGGAUACCUCCCCACGCCAACAACAGAACAAUACCCCGGCAACUUUGCCACAGCCAACCAAAGAAAUUCUCUUCAGACGCCUAAUCCGAACCAAGCUGUUACAACGACUAUGAGCUCGAUUGAAAAACGCACAAACUUCGAUCACGAGACGUUCACGCAAGACCCGUUCGAUCUCACUGGCGAUCUUGAUUGGCGUCUCAACGACACCCUGCUCUGGGGAAUGGAGGAUGAUCAACGGUACUGGCUGUGA